GUGACAGAAUUACAGUUCUUUAGUAUUGUGGUUAAUAUACAUUAGGUUUACCUUAGUCAUUAAACAUGUUAUGUAGAGCCUGACACAGUGGGGGUGGUUUCUACCUAUAGACCUAAUCUUAAAGAUUGCCAGGGUUAUUAGUCUCACUUGCCUGUAAAGGAACUGGACCCUACCCAGGUCUUGAUUAUUAAUGGUUGCAUAUAAGAACACAACAUCCCACACUGCACAAGUUCUUCAGAUGUACCUUACAGCUUACAGUUUUGGGAAGCCAAAUCUAUCUAUCUAGCCAUUAUCCUUCUAUGUAUAUACUGGAUUAUAUUGCACAAGGAGGCAUUAGAUAAAAAGCUUUGGAUAUUUCAUCAGAAGAGACAUUGCAUGUAGCCAGAGGUAUAUACAUGCUGUAAAUAUGGCAGUCAACUUAGAAGAAUACUUUCGUACAAAAUUUGAAGAUAAACUUCUCAUAAACAUGCCUGAAAGAGAAGAUGAUCAUCUUACACCAGCCACAAGACUGCUUGAGAAAAGACGAGAAAUGACUGAAGUAGAGCAAGCAUUGGCUGCACAAAAGGAGGAGUUCCAAAUGAAAAUGGAAAGCUUGCAACAGCGCAGAGAAGAACUUGAUCGAAAAGAGUACCAACUUAAAGAGUCUCUUUUGAAAUUUGACAAAUUUUUAAAGGAAAAUGAUUGCAAGCGUGCACGUGCAUUAAGGAAGGCUGCAGAUGAAAGGGAUGCGAAACAUGGCAAAGAUAAUGAGAUAAAAAAGUUGCGCGAAGAAAUUCAUACAUUGACUGAGAAGAAAAACAAAAUGCAGAGCAAAUUGGAAAAAUACUCAAAAUUUCAUAAAUAUCUUGAUAAAGUUUUAGAACUUGCUGAAGACUUUCAUGAAAUCCGCGAGGUGACAGCUCGUUAUGAUACACUAAUUGCCACGCACAAUGACUUGCUAGCUAAUGAAAAUCGAAAUCAGGAUGCCAUCGAGCAAGAACGAGCAAAAUUAAAUCGAUUUAUAGAAGAGAAAAACAACGAGGUUCUGAAUUGCAACAACCAGUUGGCACAACUGCAAACGUCACUAGAGAAAACACAGAGUAGAGCUCAUAAAUGGGAAUCAACUUGGACACACAUUCAAAACACAGCAGCCAAGAAAACAUUGCUACUUGGAAGAAUCAAGAUGGCCACCCACAAUUUAUUUAUGCUAGUCAACAAACAUGUAAAACAGAGCACUCCAGUCGAAAGUACAUCUGAACAGUUAAAUAAGAUUCAAACAUUUAUACAAGAUUUGACGCAAAUAACAAAUGAAAUCAAACGAUCUGAAAACGCGAAUGCAUCGAUUUCUACCAACAUGUGAUGAAUGUCAAAAAUUUGUUGUUUUAACAAAACUUUUAUUAUAGGAUAGGCUUAUGCGGUUAGGAUCUAAUUUUAGUCCAGAUACAAGUUCCUGUGCGACUUGCUUCGCUGUUUUGGUUGUAAGCUGAGAGAUAUUUUUCUAAAAGCUUUAUAAAUGAAAUUUUGAAGAUAGUAAAUCAUGUUAAUUAACGAUUUCAUGGAGUUUCGAAGUUUGCCCAUGUAUUGUUCAUGGUGAUCACCGUUCUGGAAAAUGUUGCUAUUUUCACAAAAAAUAAAAAAUUUCCUGUAAAAUUUCCUUUCCUGAUCCGGAAAGUAACUGCGUUGAGUAGAAUGAUGCAAAAUGGGAUGUUUGAAUCAUUUUUCAGACUUUACGGAUAGUGUUUCCUGAACCUUUAGAAAAACGUAAAUUUUAGUUUUCCUCAAGUCGGGUGGCUAAAACUCUGUAAAAACCUUUUUGUCCUGGUGUAAUCUAAAUAUUAUUGUAGAAAAUUAAGAAAAAUUUCUCGAAAUGUCAUUGGAGUUAGAGUUUACCAUUUUAAAGAUUGUCUAAGUUUCGCCUAUCUAAAAAGGGGGAAAAACAACUCACAAAUUGAUGUAUUAUUUUUUGGUUAUUGUAUAGUUCAUCUCUGAGUUCAAAUUUUAAAUUUGUACAUUGAAAGUGUAAUUUAUUUUUGAAAUAUUUGUAUAUUGUUAUAUGUUAAUUCUUUCAAAUUUUAGUUUCAUCUUAAACCUCUAACGUUUUAUAUUUU